AUGAAUAAACUAAUACCAUAUGUGUUUAUAUUGACAAACUUGUCAAUCUUUGCUUGUUGGGCACAAAAUGAAAACAUAACGAAUGAACCAAUGAGUUCUCGUAUGGUUCCAAAUUAUAAUAUGAUGUCUACGUUUUCUGCACCACCACCAAUACCAAAAUUUUCUUUUCCAAAUCCAUAUGGAAUGCGUUAUAUGCCAGGUAAGCCUAUCGAUCCAAUUUUAUUAGCACCACACGUUAUGAAUGGCAUUGUACCAAUGGCUUUAUCAUUCAGUGUUGGCUAUUUUCUAUUACGAUUAUUAACAUUGGGAUUAUUUUUUGCAGAAAAAGCAUUUCCAUAUGGUCAUUAUAGGAUUGAUGAUAAAAAUUCAAUGGCAAUGGAUAACAUGGCGAAUAUUUGGAGACGAACAGAUUUGACAACUUCAUCAUCAUAUCCAUCAAAAACAGGACCAUUGUUAUUACACCUUUAUAAUAAAGCUAUGGACAAGUAUAAUUAUCCUUAUGAUGAGCAGCAGCAACAACAACAACAACAACAACAAAUCGGCAAACAGCAUGAAUGA